AUGUCAACUAUUUUUAAAGAAAUUAACAACCUUCCUUUUGAUGAUAACGAAAAGGCCGACCUACUCGAUUUUUUUACUAAUAGAGACACGACUAGAGUGGAAACAGUUCUUCUAGCAACUGAAAAAGAUGAAGUGAAAGUCAACUACUUGAGGAAACAUGCCAAAUCUCUAAGAG